GCGGUUGAUUCAACAUGGCGGCAGCGACAACAAAACACGGAAAGUCAGGGAUUUGUUGGAUGAAUGACGCAUCCGAUGGAGAACAACCUAUGGUGUUUGUUUCUGGAGUGGACAGAGGAGUCAAGUGUCAGACUCCUUUCAGUCUGAGACCACGCAGCACCCUUACCAUUGAUAAAAGAAGGACCAAGGUGCGAGUCAAGGACAACUCAGACUGUGAAAAAAAGGCAACACUAAAAAGAGGAGGCAGGAAACAGAACCACCCACAAAGUGAUUGCUCUGGGGCUUAUAUCAAAGAGAAAGUGUUUGUUCAUCCCAGUGAUACUGACGUUACAGAAGAAGCCCCGUUUCCAGCACCUGGUGGCUCUCCUCUCUUCUUGUCACAGGUUGUCAUUGACACCAACAGAGAUGGGAGUGAAGUCUGCUUAAAGGAUCUGUGUCCUGAAGAUAAGCGCAGAAUUGCAAACCUUAUUGAAGAACUAGCCAGAGUGAGUGAAGAAAAAGAGGAGUCAGUGCAGCGUUUGAAGGAUGAACAGGAAAGUUUUGAACACAAAAUCCAACAGCUGGAACAACAAAAUCAAGUCAUUGCUCAGGAGAGGGAGAGCUUGCAGCAGCAGUACAGAGAGUGCCAGGAGCUGCUUGGGCUCUACCAACAGUACCUUUCUCAGCAGCAAGUAAAACUCAACCAGUCCAUUGCCCAGCUUAGUCAACAAGCAACCAACAGCAAGAUUCUGAAUGGUGAAGAAGCCCCCAGCAGAACAUCUUUGAGCAGAGCUAAUGGCUCACUCUUUGAUGGCUCCUACCUUAGCCUUGCUGCUGCUCGAGCACAACAGCCUCAUGUGUGCAGGAACAAUGGUGUGGGAAAAGAAGCAGUACAACCUAUUAGCAAUCAUGCUUGUCUUUCCUGUGAUUCUGAGUUCAGUCCAGCUGAUGCAGCAAUCAGUCAGCACAGGAGUCGGAAAGGAGAGUGCACAAACUCACACUCUGAGUCUUACUACAAAUGUGACUACUGCCAACACAGUGUACAAGACAGUGGCUAUGGAACACAGCAACGGACAAAAAAUAAUGUUCCGCAUCCAGAGAACAUCGCCCACGAAAUGUCCACCCAGCAUAAGUGUGAAAGGCUCCACCAGCGGAGUCAAAUGGACUCUAUGGAUAAGGAAGCUGUCACUAGGCCACUGCUAGGUCACAAAGACUGGGAGGAGAAGAGGCACCAGCUGUUGAUGCAGAAGAUGCAGUUGGAGAUGGAGAGAGAGAAGCUACAGGCACGACUGGCUGAGCAGGAGGACAGGCUCAACAGACAGAAUCCGCAGCAACGCCAGUCCCAUCCUGACUAUAACAGGUUUCAACCAACUGCUCACGCUGAGCUCAGCAGCUCACACACUAGGAAUGGAGAACCACAGCCAGAGGGCCCUUCCCACCAAGAUUUACCCUCCAGUGUACAAGGAGAUGCAAAGAUGCAACCUGUCGAACAGACACUGGAUGAAAAAUGCCCUCAGCCAUUAACCAGUCCUCUGGACAGUGGCAGUCAUAACUGUGAGGCCUUAGAGGGCUCCAGACGGGACAUGGCUACAUCUUCUGUAAAGUCCUCUGCAGGCUUAAGAAACCCCAUCUCAGAGGUCCGUACAUCGCCUGAGGCCAGGUUGGACCUUUCUCUGGCUGAGUUACUGGAUAUCUUUAGCCCUGUUUGUGCAUCGAUGCCACGCAGGCCAUCCAGCUGUAGGCCCAAAACAUCCCAGCGCAGACCGACCCUCACUGCCCCCAACACAGUCUUCAGAACGCAUACACCCGCAAGAACCUAUCCUCAGAGUACUCGGCAGGACCUGGAAGAAAGCCAAAUACUAGAGGAUAUUUUCUUCAUUUGCUAACAAAGACCAAAUUAAUUGCCAACAGAAAAAUUAAACUCUAGUCACUUGAUAAUUAUCUGUUUUGCCUACAGUUUUUCUAAAAUCUUAUAUUUAGUGCAGAAUUCACAUUCUUAACCAAGAGUGAUCAUGAUGUAGAAUGUACUCUUGUACUGUAUUUUUAAUUCUAAUAAAUCAUAA